GGAUAUUCCAGAAUUGUGAAUGGUGAGGAGGCCGUUCCAGGAUCCUGGCCAUGGCAAGUCUCUCUGCAGGACAGAACUGGUUUUCACUUCUGCGGUGGAUCACUGAUCAGCGAUGAAUGGGUUGUUACUGCUGCACAUUGUAGUGUGAGAACUUCACACAAGGUUGUUCUGGGUGAAUUUGAUCAACGUUCAUCUGCUGAGAACAUUCAGGUUAAAUCUAUUGCCAAGGUCUUCAAGCACCCAAAAUACAGCUCAUUUACAGUUGUGAAUGACAUCACUCUGAUCAAGCUGGACUCUCCUGUCACUGCCCAACCACAAGUAUCCCCUGUCUGUGUAGCAGAGGCAACUGAUAACUUUGAAGGUGGUAUGAGGUGUGUCACCACUGGAUGGGGACUGACAGAUUCCUCUGCAAGCCAAACCCCAGCCAGGCUGCAGCAGGUAGCUCUUCCACUUCUCACUAAUACUGAAUGCAAGAAAGAAAUAUUGGGGCAACAAAAUCUAUGAUGUGAUGGUCUGUGCUGGAGCUAGUGGUGC